AUGGCAGACCCUGGCAACACAACCGUCACCAGCAUCAACAGCACGGCAGCGGCAGCAAAAUCCCACAAGUCUCACGAGCUAGCGAGAUGUACCAUCAAGGCUCCUCCAUUUUCUUACGCUCACCUGGAGGUCAUUCGCAACCCGGCAGAAUUCGUGGUAUUGGAUGCCAUUCAAGUGCGAUCUUACUGCACGGCAGCUCUCAAACAAUUCCUGGGCCUCUCGGGUCAAGCCAUUUCCAUAGAUAUUCUCAAAGUCGAAGGUCCGAGCUGCUGGUUGAGAAUACCACGGGACGAUCUGGGCGCAUUCACAGCUGCCAUUACGGCAUGGCAAGGAACUUACGAAAACAGCACCCACUCGACAUUCCGGAUAAAGGGGUGCUCGGAUUGGUUGGGUAGUCUGGUUGGGGCAGAAGGCCAAGACCGAUUAUGGAAGGCCUGA